AUGAUCGCCGGUCAAGGUCUCCGGCAACCCGUCGCAACGGCACGCUACAGUCAUGCGAGCCUUGUCGGCGGUCGAAACAGCGGUGCGACCAUGAACGGCCCGUUUGCCGCGGAACCGCCCUCUGCACUUCCCGGCUAUAUGGGCCCUACGAGUUUCACCGCGGUUCUGGCGGAGCAUCGCAAUGAGAUUGUAUUUGAGCAGGACGAAAACGUGGACUCCUGUCCGGUUUUGGUUGUGGAAUCAGAUCGGGUUCAGUCCGGAGCCGAGGUGUUGCUCUUCCUGUACAAUCUCAAAGAUCGCCGCAAGCUUAUCGACAAAUUCUACGUGCAAUCAUGGAAUGUGGUGGUACCCAAAAUGGUAGUAGAUGCCAUCAUGGACUCCAUCGACGAGAUCUUUGGCGGGUUCAACCACAACGAUUUGAUGCCCCAACUGCAAAGUCUAGCCACUCAGAUCUUCCAGAAUUCCUCACGAGAUUUGACCACUCACCAGUCGAUGACUUUUAAAGAGUAUUGCACUUCAUUCACCGGACCCAACUUUCGCUGGGAAGCUCUCGGGAAUCUAUUUACCUUGUGCGGCCAGCAACUAGUGAUCACCCCUGAAAUUGACCCUGCAGUCGCUGAGGGAGACGAUCCACGAGCUAAGGAUCGACUUUUGGAACAAGUGACUGCAGCCAGUACGAUCUGCCUUAAUUUCUGCGACCAGGCCUCCGCUGCCAACGAAAUGCUGGCGUAUCUGCAGUAUAACGAUGUCAUGCUACGAACACAGCUAUGUGGAGAUUCAAGAGGCGAGGCUCUAAAUCAGGCGAUCUUUGAGCUUGACAGUGCAGGCUGGAGCACAAAUGGCGCUCGCCAUCGAAUGUCAACCGGGCGAAUUCGGUUCCAACUCUCCGUCUUUAGGGAGAGGACACUCGAGAUCGCAUUAGGUAGUCACGAACCGCGUGAUCUUGUUCAAAAGUGCAACCUGACCCAAGAAAAACUGAAUAGUGAAAUCCGUGAGGGUGUAUGUGCCGUGUGGGAGUCGACUCCCGAUCACCUUCGAUAUGAUAAAAGGUCCAGAGAUGAUUUCCACUACGGGUGGCUGAUUCUUGUUUACCUUUAUCUCAAUUACUUGUACACUUGCUUCCUGCUUCAGAGAGCCUUGAUCAAGCAUACGAACCAUGGGCAAGAGUUGCUCUGCGAUAUAUCGCGCCAGGUUCUGGGGAUCGUGAAUACCAUCACUGGUAUGCGCAAUCCGAUGGUGGGCUUUGAUCGGCAUUAUUCCUGGAUUGCCCUUACAUACGGUGUUCCUAGCUCCGGAGUCCUUCUACUUGAACUCCUACACCAAUCCCACACACCCGGACCUCACAACGUGAUUCUCCCGCGCGCCGAGCUAGUCCGCAAUCUGAGCGUGUUCAUCUCAAUGCUUUCUUGGGUUGCACGGCCUGGCCACGGUAACUAUCGCACAUGUAAAGAAGCUGAGAAGAACCUGUCUCGCAUCUUGGAUCAGGUACUCGAUCCGCAGCCUGUUCAUGCGGAGAUGGUGCUUGAUGUCACGUCCGAACUGUCCAGCUUCUUGAACUGGUCCAAUCACAACAGCUGGGACUUUAGCUCUGAAUACUUUCCUGCUGCAAAUGGGUUCGCGCCGUGA